CUUUUUUUUUUUCUUUUGCAACAUAGUCUCAAUGACUGGCUUCUUAUCCACCCAUUCAUUCGUUCAGUUGCUUUCUUAAUCUCCGGAAUUGAAAAUUGUGUUGGUCGAUAACUCGAAGGAAAAGCCAUGUCCUUUAUUCAGAUAGUAGAUAGUGAAGGAGUUGUUUUGGACGCUCCUUUCUGGUUUCCGGAAGAUCAGGAGUUGGGAUCGGAAGCAUACGCUGUUGUUUCUAUUUUGGGAUGUCAAGGUUCCGGAAAGAGUACCUUACUGAAUAAACUAUUUCAGACCAACUUUUUGAUUGCAGACAAACGAAAUUUUGGGAGAGCAACUACCAAGGGUGUUCACGUGGCAAAAUGUCCACAAAACAGCUUACUCGUAGUCAUGGACGUGGAAGGAGGCGACAGUAGAGAGAGAGGAGUGUCUGGAAAGGCUUUUCAAUCAAGAAUAGCAGGUUUUGCGUCAGCCAUUUCCGAUGUGGUUCUCAUCAACUUGUGGUUUCAUGAUGUUGGUAGAACAGAGGCAGCAAGUUAUUCAUUGUUACGUGCCAUUUUUGUGGAAGCGGCAAAGGCAGCAGCAGAAGGUGGUGCUAUCAAAACUUUGAUGUGCUUCGUUGUUCGAGAUACCGAUCCUUCUUAUACGUCGGAAGAGUUGAAGGAUAUUUUGUUGCAAGGGGCUCGAGAUAUCUGGAACACAAUCCCAAAGACUGGAGAAGCUGUGGAUGCUAAGCUCGAAGACUUUUUUGAUUUUGAUUUGUUCGCCUUACCUCACAUGCAAUACGAAAGCGAGCAGUUUGAGAACAAAUGCAAAGAGCUGAAGGAUCAUUUUCUUCAAGAAUCGCAUCCUAAGUUUUAUUUGCGUUCGGAAUAUAGCAAAGUGGGAAUAGGAAUACCUGCAGAUGGUUUUGCGGCAUUUUCGAAAAAUCUUUGGGAAAGCGUAUAUGAAAACGCGGAAAUCCUCUCUUCUGGUGACGUAGAAGCAGGUCAAGCUGAGUUGACAGCGGCGUAUAAAUGUGAGGAAGCUACGUCAGAUAUCUUGCGUGAUAUUGCGAAGGAGACGUCCAAGUUGUUACGAAACUUAGAGGAUGGCGAGAAAAUCUCCAAUCUCGGUUCCAAGUUUCGAGACUUGGUUAAUCAGUGCCUGACUAGAUUUGACAACGCCGUCUCUGAUGUGUCCUCGAAUGCAUUGGUGUCUCGAAAACGAAGAGAACUUGAAGCAAUUAUUGACACCUCUCUAAAUGCAGUUUUUGUCAAACAAUUGCAAGUUUUGCGUGAAAAUGCAUUGUCGCAAUUUAAGGCUUCCUUAUCUUCAGAAGAGGUCCCAAGUGACUUCGCGUUCUUUACUGCCGACAGUAUGUUUGUUCGAGAAGCAGAGGACUCCAUUCGACCUGGCAGUGAUUGGUCAUACAAUACGGAAAGAACGGACUUGCAAAAUACAAUGCACGAAAUUUCUUCGCGUCGCAAGCAAUUGAUAGCACAGCAAAUACAGGCCGCUCAACAACAAGCCUCUGCAUUACAAUAUUUGCAGAUGCAGCAAGCACAAAUGCAGGCUAUUCAACAACAGCAAUAUGGAGGUUCUGGUGGCAAUUGGAAUUUUGGUGCAGCAUAUCGUCCACCUGAGACAGAUGUUAACAUCUCCGUUGGUUAUCAACAGCAUCGAACCUCCAUUCAGAUUUCUAUGGUUCCUGAUGAAUCAGCUGGCUAUCUAGGUCCCGGAGGUUUUACUGCUGGUGUUGGACCAGGCAAUCUAGGUCUUUCUUUCAAUAUCAACAUUUAAUAAAUUUGACGCGUUAUAUGUUGUUAUUCG